AUGUUGCUGUUGUUGCUGCUGCUGCUGCUCACUGCAGCAGCAGCAGCAGCAGCGCGUUGGCUGCAGCAGCGGCCAACUCGCCUGGCGAGUCGACCUCCAGAGCAGCAACAACAGCAGCAGCAUAAAAAGCAGCAGCAGCAGCAACAGGUGCAGCAUGAAGAGCAGCAGCAGCAGCCGGAGGUGCAACAAAAGCAGCCUCGGCAGCAGCACGGUGAACAAGAUGUUGGGAGCAGCUGCAGCAGCAGCAGCAGCAGCAGUAGCAGCAACAGCAGCAGUAGCAGCAGUAGCAGCAGUAUGGACAGUGGCCAGCCGCGUCGCCGGCGCACAGAUGCAGCAGCAGCAGCAGCAGCAGCAGCAGAAGAGGCAGACACCAGCAGCAAAGCAGCAAGAGAUCCUUCUCAGCCAGAGGGAGAGUUCAACAGCAGCAAAGCCAGCGAGAAGGCAGCCGAUCCAGUAGCAGCAGCAGCAGCAGCAGCUGCUGCUGCUGCUGCUGCAGCGCGAGCUGAUGCUGCCAGGGACGCUGCAGUUGCUGCAGCAGUUGGCGCAGCAACAGCAACAGCAACAGGUACUGCUGCUGCAGCAGACGAGGCAGGUAGUGACACGCAAGUAGAACAGCUGCAGCAAAAGCAGCAGCAGCAGCAGCAGCAAGAACUGGGGCAACGCCAGCAGCCUGUGGAGCAGCAGAAGCAGCAGCACGAACUCGAGGAGCAGCUUCAGCAGCAACAACAGCAACCAGAGCAACAGCAGCAGCAAGAGCAACAGCAGCAGAAUGGUUCUAAGACAGCAGAGUGCAGCGCCUCUUCUGCUGCGGAAGUGGUGAGCGACAUCGCAGCAGCAGCAGCAGCAGAAGCUGUAGCAGCAGCAGCAACGGCAGACGCAGCAGCAGCAACAGCAAAAGCAGCAGCAGCAGCGGCGGCGGCUUCACAUGGAACAGAUGAUAGAGUUGGUGCAGCAACAGCAGCAGCAGCAGAAGCAGAAGCAGAAGGCAUAAAGAUGCAGCCUGCUGCAGAAGCUGCUGCAGCGUCAGAUGCAGCUGAAGCAGCAGCGACAGCAGCGGCAGCAGCAGCAACAGCGCCAGAUGCAGCUGAAGCAGCAGCGGCAGCAGCAGAAACUGCAGCAGCCGCUGCAGACUCAGCAAUAGCAGCAGCAGCAGCAGGUGAGGCAGCAGCAGCUGAUGCACCAUCAUCUCCCGCUUCACUGAAUGUGGACACGACAGCAGCAACAGAAGCAGCAGCAGAUGCAGCGGCAGACGCAACAGCAGCAGCAGCAGCAGCUAAAGAGCUGGCGGAAGCAGCAGCAGAUUCAGCAGCAGAGGCAGCAGCAACAGCAAAAAGUACAGCAGAUCUCCUCAGAGGGGUUACCCGCAUUGGGGACGUACACUGCGAAGACGAGCAGCAGCAGCAGCAGCAGCAGCAACCAGCAGAUGCUCAGUCACCCCCAGUAGCAGGAGCAGCAGAUGCAGCAGCAGAAGCAGCAGCACCUGCAGCAGCCGAUGCAACAGCAGCAGCAGAACCAGCAGCAGCAGCAUCAGAACCAGCAGCAGCAGCAGCAGCAUCAGCAUCAGAACCAGCAGCAGCAUCAGCAGCAUCAGAACCAGCAGCAGCAGCAGCAUCAGAACCAGCAGCAGCAGAAGCCCCUCGAUUUGAGGAGUUGGAUGGAGACGAUGAAGAGCAGCAGCAAAGCGUAGAUGAGUUAAAAGAGAGAGGCAAUGCAGAGUUUAAAAGGGGGUCGGUGUCUGCUGCGCUGCAGCUGUACUCUGCUGCUCUUGAUAAGCUCGAGAAGGAGACGGAGGAAACAGAAGUGCAGCUUGAUGCUCUUGAGGUGCAGGCAGAGCAGCUGCAGCAGCAGCAGCAGCAAGAGCAGCAGCAAGAGCAGCAAGAGCAGCAGCAAGAGCAGCAAGAGCAGCAGCAACGAGCGACACAGCAGCAGGAUGAAGGGCAAGUGCAGCAGCAAGAACAGUCGGAUCAGCAGCAACAGCAGCAGCAGCAGCAAGAAGAAGAAGAGCAGCCACAAGAGCAGCAACCGCAGCAGCAGCAGCAACAGCAAGAGCAGGAAGAGCAGCAAGACCCAAGAGAGCAUCCUGCUGCACAUCUGCUGCCAGCAAAUGAUUUGCUGCGGUACAGAGAGCUGCUGCAGCAGCUGCAGCAACUGGACGAGAUGCAUGCUGUCUUAAAGAGUAACAGGGCUUUGUGCCACCUUCACUAUGGGGCGUUUGACUCGGUUGUUGCCGACGCAUCCGACGCCAUCCGCGUAAACCCUAAAUAUGCAAAGGGUUAUUUACGACGCUUCCGUGGCUACGAAGGACAAAAGAAGUGGCACGAGGCGCUCAGCGAUUUAAACAAAGCAAUCGAGCUCGACCCGAAGCUCGCGUGUACGUACAGCUCAGAUUUGCGGCGUGUGAAGAAAGAAAGCGAAGAUUUAUUUGAGAAAGAAAAGAAAGAAAUGAUUGAUAAAUUAAAAGACUUAGGCAAUUUUGUCUUAGGGUUUUAUCCGGGUGAACAACGCCGCCUUUAA